GACCCCAUCAACAUCGUGCGACAGUCCGGGCAGUUGAGAAGGCCACCCCGCUUCGUGCCUGCAGCCCAGGACAUGUACUUGUAGACAGGAUUCGAAGCAGUUAAGAAUGUCUCUGCCGAGUCGACAAACAGCUAUUAUUGUUAACCCUCCUCCACCAGAAUAUAUAAAUACUAAGAAAAAUGGGCGAUUGACAAAUCAACUUCAGUAUCUACAAAAAGUUGUCCUAAAGGAUUUAUGGAAGCAUAGCUUUUCAUGGCCUUUUCAACGUCCUGUGGAUGCUGUGAAACUAAAGUUGCCUGAUUAUUAUACCAUUAUAAAAAACCCAAUGGAUUUAAAUACAAUUAAGAAGCGCUUGGAGAAUAAAUAUUAUGCGAAGGCUUCAGAAUGUAUAGAAGACUUCAAUACAAUGUUCUCAAAUUGUUAUUUAUAUAACAAGCCUGGAGAUGACAUUGUUCUUAUGGCACAAGCUCUAGAGAAGCUGUUUAUGCAGAAAUUAUCUCAGAUGCCACAAGAAGAGCAAGUUGUGGGUGGUAAGGAAAGAAUCAAGAAAGGCACUCAACAGAACAUAGCUGUUUCUUCUGCUAAAGAAAAAUCAUCGCCCAGCACAACAGAAAAAGUAUUUAAGCAGCAAGCAAUUCCUUCUGUAUUUCCUAAGACAUCUAUUUCUCCCUUGAACGUGGCACAGGGAGCUUCAGUCAACUCCAGUUCACAAACUGCGGCCCAAGUUACAAAGGGUGUGAAGAGGAAAGCAGAUACAACAACUCCUGCAACUUCAGCAGUUAAAGCAAGUAGUGAAUUUUCUCCAAUAUUCACAGAAAAAUCAGUGACAUUGCCACCUAUAAAAGAAAAUAUGCCAACAAAUGUUUUGCCAGAUUCUCAGCAACAAUAUAAUGUUGUGAAGAGUGUUAAAGUAACUGAACAAUUAAGGCACUGUAGUGAGAUUCUUAAAGAAAUGCUUGCAAAGAAACAUUUUUCAUAUGCGUGGCCCUUUUAUAAUCCUGUUGACGUUAAUGCUUUGGGACUCCAUAACUACUAUGACAUAGUCAAAAAUCCAAUGGAUCUUGGAACUAUUAAGGAGAAAAUGGAUAACCAAGAAUAUGAGGAUGCAUACAAAUUUGCGGCAGAUGUUAGAUUAAUGUUCAUGAAUUGCUACAAGUACAAUCCUCCAGAUCACGAAGUUGUGACAAUGGCAAGAAUGCUUCAGGAUGUUUUCGAAACGCAUUUUUCAAAGAUCCCAGUUGAACCUGUUGAGAGUACGCCUUUAUGUUACAUCAAAACAGAUAUCACAGAAACCACUGGUAGAGAGAACACCAAUGAAGCCUCCUCUGAAGGGAACUCUUCUGAUGAUUCUGAAGAUGAACGAGUUAAGCGUCUUACAAAGCUUCAGGAGCAGCUUAAAGCUGUACAUCAACAGCUCCAGGUUUUGUCCCAAGUACCCUUCCGUAAGCUAAAUAAAAAGAAAGAGAAGUCUGAAAAGGAAAAAAAAGAAAAGGUUAAUAACAGCAAUGAAAAUCCAAGAAAAAUGUGUGAGCAAAUGAGACUAAAGGAAAAGUCCAAGAGAAAUCAGCCAAAGAAAAGGAAACGACAGUUCAUUGGUCUAAAAUCUGAAGAUGAAGAUAACGCUAAACCUAUGAACUAUGAUGAGAAAAGGCAGUUAAGUUUGAAUAUAAACAAACUCCCUGGAGAUAAACUUGGGCGAGUAGUUCACAUAAUACAAUCAAGAGAGCCUUCUCUGAGCAGUUCCAAUCCUGAUGAGAUAGAGAUAGACUUUGAAACACUGAAAGCAUCAACACUAAGAGAAUUAGAAAAAUACGUUUCGGCAUGUCUAAGAAAGAGACCAUUAAAACCUCCUGCUAAGAAAAUAAUGAUGUCCAAAGAAGAACUUCACUCACAGAAAAAACAGCAGUUGGAAAAGCGGUUACUGGAUGUUAAUAAUCAGUUAAAUUCUAGGAAAUGUCAAACAAAAUCUGAUAAAACGCAACCAUCCAAAGCUGUUGGAAGUGUUUCCCGACUGAGUGAGAGCAGCAGCAGCAGCUCAUCAGAGUCUGAAAGUAGCAGCAGUGACUUAAGCUCUUCAGACAGCAGUGAUUCUGAAUCAGAAAUGUUCCCUAAGUUUAUAGAAGUAAAACCAAAUGAUUCUCCUUCUAAAGAGAAUGUAAAGAAAAUGAAGAAUGAAUGUAUACUGCCUGAAGGAAGAACAGGCGUCACACAGAUAGAAUAUUCGGUGCAACACACAACCUCUGCCAAUACUACCCUUGUUCAUCAGACCACACCUUCACAUGUAAUGCCACCAAAUCACCACCAAUUAGCAUUUAAUUAUCAAGAAUUAGAACAUUUACAGACCAUGAAAAACAUUUCACCUUUACAAAUUCUGCCUCCCUCAGGUGAUUCUGAACAGCUCUCAAAUGGCAUAACUGUGAUGCAUCCAUCUGGUGAUAAUGACACAACGAUGUUAGAAUCUGAAUGUCAAGCUCCUGUGCAGAAGGAUAUAAAGAUUAAGAAUGCAGAUUCAUGGAAAAGUUUAGGCAAACCAGUGAAACCAUCAGGUGUAAUGAAAUCCUCAGAUGAGCUCUUCAACCAAUUUAGAAAAGCAGCUAUAGAAAAGGAAGUAAAAGCUCGGACACAGGAACUCAUACGGAAGCAUUUGGAACAAAAUACAAAGGAACCAAAAGUAUCUCAAGAAAAUCAGAGGGAUCUUGGGAAUGGAUUGACUGUAGAAUCUUUUUCAAAUAAAAUACAAAACAAGUGCUCUGGAGAACAGCAGAAAGAACAUCAGCAGUCAUCGGAAGCUCAAGAUAAAUCCAAACUCUGGCUUCUCAAAGACCGUAAUUUAGCAAGGGAGAAAGAACAAGAGAGGAGGAGGAGAGAAGCAAUGGCGGGUACCAUUGAUAUGACCCUUCAAAGUGACAUUAUGGCAAUGUUCGAAAACAACUUUGAUUAA